GAACAACUUUUGAACCUCGCUCAUUCACAUGCCUGUCUGUGCGUUUGCCUCCCAAGCACGAUCGCCACAACUUUUUACUACCAACAGCCCCCCGAAAAGCCACCCGUCAUAUUGCAUACCCCAGGCCAGGAGCAGCGGUAGAAGCUGCUGUAGAUCACAGAAUCUUCGGACGACAAGUUCAAUUCCUCUUCUCCCGCGCGCCGGGCGGGGGCGAAUCCCAUUAGCACAGCGUCACAACAUACAAUGGCACCGAGCGACGACGACGUCCCGCCCAGACUUCGCGGCCCUCCACCGGGAGCAACCGCGCCGCCAGAGCACAUCACAAACGGCAAGCCGCAGAUCUACGAGAUCUUCAACGCGGGACGGAGCGAGGAGCGGCGGUUCCCCUCGGGCGCGAUCACGACGAACAGCAGCGAUCAUGUCGGCAGCAACAGCAGCAGCGGCAGACCACCAGACCAGACAACGGCAACAACAGGAAAGCCACAACAGCAGCAGAACCAGCGGCCGACGUUCACCGAGGGCGUCCAGUCGAUAAAGUCGGAAGACUUCCUCAAGAUACACAAGAUGCCGUGCGCGCGGUCCGGGCUCAUGACGGGCAUCGCGGCUGGUGCAGUGGUUGGAAUGGGGAGGUUUGUCUUUGGAGCGCGGAUAGGAAAGGCGACGAACUGGGCAUUCGGGUCGUUCUUGUUGGGCAGCAUCGUGCAAUGGGAGGUCUGUCAAUAUCACGUGCGCCAGGAAAAGGCCGGCAUGGCGCGAGUCAUUGAGGUGAUGGACAGGAAACAGGCAGAAAAGAAGGCGCAGGCGCAAGAGGCCGCGGCACGGCGGCGGCGUGAAGCUGAGGAGAAGGCCAAGGAGGAAGAAGCCAAAAAGAGGUGGUAUAAAUUCUGGUGAACGCCCGCCCCCACUUCCAAUACCACUGCCGUUCCAUCAAGCAUGGAGGACUCUGGGGUUAUGUAUUAUAUUUUCUCAGCCGAGUGGCUGCUGAUCUGCUGUACAAAGUGUACCAGUGUGGAUGUGUUGAUAGUGUUCCAUCAUAGUACCAAGGUGCGCUCGCUGGCAAAUUAUCCGUGGUACCUGCCAACGGGCGAAAUGAAAGAGGG